AUGCGGUUAUUACUCUACGUCAAUAUGCGUCUCCCUAGCAAAGCCCAGUCAACGGAUGCAUUGGAAUGUUUGCAAGAAGAAGCUAAGCGAACUGCAAAGAAUUUGCCAUUCGGGGCAGAGCGGCUGGUUGCCGCCGGUUCUGCGGUUCUUGGAGCACUUGGCAAAGCGAACUUAAAGAAGAGUGACGAUGAGGAGAUAGGAGAGGGUGCAGUGGAAAUUCUUCUCUCUUUGUUUCUCAACAUCACCAAGCCCGAGGAGUUCAUCAAGGCUUUUGUUGCGGCAACAAUGGCUGCAGAGAAGGUUCCAGUCAUGAUUGUUGAUGAAGCCAACAUCGCCUUUCCCAAUGGUAACGGUGGGAAUGGGAAUGGCAGAAGAGAAGCAGCUUACAGAGCGCUCGCAACCUUUGUGGCGCUGACAAAGGAGCAGGGGAAAGCGUCUGUUAUCCUGGUUGCCUCUGACUAUGCUUUCCCAUUGGGACUACAAGCUCUUGGCUUCAACAAGUAUGAUGCUCUCAAUACGAUUGUAGCUCCGGAGGUUGAAGAGAAGCCUAUGCUUUUUUGCUGCAAGAGUGGGGUUUGUCUCAUAGACUUGGCACAGGAGUUCUAUGAGACCUUCGGUGGAAACGUUUUUUUGUGCCACCAGGCGGUCGACAAGCUCCGUCAGCAAUUCGAGUUGGGUCAGGAGAGGCUCUUCGACCCCUUCAACGUCCGAGGCAAUGCCGAGGUAGGAUGGUCGCAAGUAGAGGGUGGCGCUGCAGAAGCGGAGAGGGAGAGCCAGAAGGGUGCUCGCAUCAUCGCCAAGGAGAACUUCGGCGCCAUCAUCGAGAGACAGACCACUACUUUCUUUGACGAAGCCUUGAAGGAAGAUAUGUUCAGCAUCACCAGACCACAAGCUGGAGCAGUGUGGGUGAGGCAACUAAAGGAGGACAGGAGUGACCGGUGCCAGUCAGUUGCUCCACCAAGGAAGCACUAUUGUAUUGGGUUCUACGAUUUAAACAAUCAUGUCUAUGCCAACUCAGCAGCAAACUACAUGGUGAUGGUGUUAAUGUAA